GGUGUUUAUAAUUAAUAUUAAAAUCAAAAAAUCAAAAUGGACAAUUGGAAGAAAAUAUCGUUUUUGGUCGGUGUGUUUGCAUUCAUGAGAGAAUUCCGACCCAUCGAUACAUUUUAUGCUGCGUAUAUGACAAGUCCUUACAUAAAUUGUACAGUUGAACAGAUACCAACAGAGCUGUAUGCUGUUGGAUCAUAUUCUAUGUUUGUGUUGAUCAUAAUUAUAUUUUUGGUCACGGAUUAUGUCAGAUAUAAACCUGUACUAAUUGUCGAUGGACUUGGCGGAGUAAUGCAUUAUAUUGCCAUAACAAAUCGUCCUUCAAAACUCAGAAUACAGUUUGGACAGGCGUUCUUUGGGUUCUUUUAUUCCGCUGAAGUGGCUUUAUUUGGAUACUUAUACGCGAUGGUAGAAGAAAAAGAAUUUUAUCAAAAAAUAACUGGUCACGCGAGAGCUGCAACGUUAACAGGAAAAUUCUUUUCAUCGUGUCUGUCCCAAAUUCUAGCCACUUAUUAUGGAACUCCUCCAUUCAACGCGUUCGUUUAUAUGUCUAUUUUCGGCAUGUCAUUUACGACUAUAUGGGCGAUAUUUCUACCAAAAGUUAACCAAAGUCUUUACUUUCUAAAUAAGAAAAAAGUUGAAGAAACGUCGAUGGGACAGUCCACCGUCACCAUUUAUAACCCAGAAAAGUAUAAGGAUUCACAGCUGAGUAUUGAAGCAGCUCCCAAUGAAAAGAAAGUCGACAAACCCGAAAAUAACGAAGUUGUGGAAGCAGAACAGAGCUUGAUCAAUACACUGUACAACGAUUUCAAACAAUCGUAUUCCGACCCGUACGUCCGUAAGCUCUGUUUUUGGUGGGCAGUGGCGAUGGGUGGUUACUUACAAGUGUAUGCGUACAUGACUGUGCUCUACUCGUACGUGUUGGAAGAAAAUGAAGAUACGGAGUUUACGCUGUACAACGGCGCGGCAGAAUCGCUAACCACACUCAUAGGUGCCCUUUCCGCGUUUGCUAUAAGUAAGGUAAAGUGGAAUUGGUAUUCCGUCGGCGACAUUUUCUUCACCGUUGGAUCUGUUAUCGCCGCCAUUGUUUUGCUAUGUUGUGUUUACUGCCGAAACUUGUGGUACAUCUACGCUUUCUACAUAAUCUACGGAAUGGUAUAUCAGACUAUGUUGACCAUUGCAGAAUCUGAAGUUGCCAAACGAUUAAAUAAAAAAUGUUAUGGAUUGAUAUUUGGAUUUAAUACUUUUAUUGCAGUAUGCAUUAAUACCAUUAUUAUAUAUGGAGUGAUUCAAGGUCAUUUUAUUAAAAUCAACAUAGCACAACAAUUUUUGAUAUACACCGCGUUGUACGCAAUACUUGCGAUAUUCUUUUUCGGCACAUCCAUUUUGAAAAUGUUCAGAGACGAAGGGAUUGUAGAAUACAACUGAAGCCGAACGUGUCCUAAUUGAACUACUUAUGGAUAUUUUAUCUGGAACAAAAGUAGUUUUGUGAACAAAUAGAUUUAAUAUGAAUUUGUAUACUAGUAAACUUUAAGCAUUUAAGAAAUCAUAUACGGGUUAUUAAGUUUAUUAUUACGUAUUUAAGUAAGCUUGUUAUAUAAUAUUUAUAAUAUUGUUAUAUAUAGAAUAUUGUCAAUUAUUUAUUUAAAUUAUACAAAGCGAUUCGACAAGUUUUCUCAGUA